AUGACAGAUCGACAGUUCCCCAAGAUUAAACAAGCACUUCCUGCAGAGCAAGGAAAUAGAACGGUAGAAAAUAAAAUGAACUCAGAUGAACAACAUAGAGAAGGAGGAGAGAAUUACCUUGAAAACUCAAGAGGCUGGCAAGUUGCUCUAUUAAGGGAAACUAAUCCAACGACAGUUGCGAAAUGGGAUGCCUCUGAUAGUAAUAGAUUUGAGAAGUUAUUCAUUGCAUAUGGAUAUUGUAUUCUGAAUUUUCUAGAAGGUUGUCGACACAUACUUUAUAUAGAUGGAUGGUUUUUAAGCGGUCCAUAUAAAGAAACAUUGUUGGCAACUUCUGCUUAUAACGUGAACAAUGACUUAUUUCCACUAGCAUACGCUAUUGUGAGUAGGGAAACAUUUGAAGAUUGGUCAUGGUUUCUUGAAAAUAUCAAAGGCAUUAUAAGAUCAGUUGAGAUAACAUUAAUUUUUGAUAGUCAUAAUGCCAUUGUUGGGGCUAUGCAAGUUAUUUUUGGUGGCGAGAGACAUGCAUAUUACUACUAUUAUGUGAAGAAAAAUUUUAAUGUUGAAUAUGUAAAAACUAAUAAAGGUCAGAGGAGAAUGUUAGGGAAUGGCAAAGAGGCUACACUCAAAUUGCUUGAUGUUGUUGCUUAUGCUAGGCAUAAGGAAGAAUUUAAUAUUGCCAUGGGGAACCUUAGAUUGUUCAGUCCACAAUUGGCACAAUGGGUUGAAGCUCAAGGGAAUGUAGAUCGAUGGGUACAAUGUAAAUUUUCUUAUAAACAAUGGGAUGACAUUACAACAAAUCUUACUGAAUCAUUUAACGCUUGGAUUGUCAAGGAGUGA